AUUCCCGUAACCUCCCGCCCAAAAAUUCCCCCAACUCCCGCCCCGCUCGCCGUUCCCCUUUCGCCUCCGCCGCCGCGUCGCGCUCGCGCCUACCUAGGGUUCCGCCGCCCUCCUCGCGCCGCCGGCCGCCCCGUCGUGCCCCACGAUGUCCCAGCCCGUCACGCCCCGCCGCACCACCCGCUCCUCCGCGUCCGCGUCCCCCUCCCCCUCUGCUGCAUCCGCCUCGCCGUCGUCCCCGCCCAAAUCCAGGCCCAAACCCUCGCCCAGACGGCAGCUCCUCUCGGCCGCCGCCGCCGCCACCGCCACCGGGAAGGAGGGCGGAUCCCCCGACGACGCUCUCCUCGACGCGCUGCCCGGUCGCCGCGCGCAGGCGAUGGAACUCCUCCGGCUCCUCGCGCCGGCGCCGGCCCUCCCCUUGAUGCUCCACGGCGGCGCCGCCACCGGCAAGACGCGCGCCCUCCUCCUGGCGCUGCGGCACCUCCGCCCCAGCCAGCGCCUCGUUUACGCCGCGCUCCGUUCCCUACCAUCCCCUCGCGCACUCUUCGCUUCUCUCCUCUCCCAGCUCAGCGCAACGUCAUUCUUCACCUCAUCUCGCCAGCGCCUCUCUGACAAGCCCUCCGACUUCGUCGCCGCCCUCCGCGACGCCCUUGCCGGCGUCGUCUCCCAGGGCGAGGUCGUGUAUCUAGUGUUUGACAACUUGGAAGUUGUUAGGAGCUGGGAUAAGGGCAGCCAGCUUCUCCCUCUCCUCCUCCGCCUCCACGAUCUCCUCCAGUUACCGCAGGUUGUGCUCGUGUAUGUGAGCAGUGCGACACCUGAUGCGUAUUACUCCAUGACUGGCUCUGUUGAGCCAAAUUAUGUUUACUUUCCGGGUUAUACAGUGGAUGAAGUUCGCGACAUUCUGAUGCACGGCCAUCCUAACCCGAAGCUCUACUCAUCCUUCCUUAGUGUGGCACUGAAGCCAUUAUUUCGCGUGACCCGAAGAGUGGAUGAGCUUUCUGCAGUGCUGGAACCACUUUUCAGGAGGUACUGUGAGCCACUGGGUAACUUGAAGGCAGUUCCUGAUGAAGGUAUGAAGAGGAGGUUGUUUGAAAAUGUUCAGCCACAUCUGGCAGUUGCGUUGAAUGAGACAUUCAGUGUCCCCAUGCGAGCUUCCAUGGUUGAAAUCAAGGGUGGUGGUUCUGCUGCCAAAGGCAGUGCUAAAAGACAGUUUGCUGGUAGAGAUGGUCUCUCCAGUGAACUGGACUUCCAUAUGUCUGUUUCUGCCAAGUACCUCCUGCUGUCUGCUUUUUUGGCUUCAAGGAACCCUGCUACUCUUGAUGCAGCUUUGUUUGAUUCCACUGGAGGAUCAGAUAACCGUAAACGCAAGAGAAAGAGCUCCCAGGCUUCAAUUAACAUGAAGGACACCAUAGUUGAAGAGAUGCUUAUGAAAGGGCCAGGCACAUUUCCACUUGAGAGGCUCUUGGCUAUAUUUCACUGCAUCACAUCUGUGUCAGAAGAUAUACUUGAUGAAGUUGAAUGCCCUGAGAAUAUGGCAAGUGAAAGUGGAACGACUGGUUUGAUGUCGGAUGUUCUGCUACAGCUGUCAACAUUGUGCAAUUCUAAUUUCCUCUCGAAAAGCCGGAGCUGCCCAUUAGAAGGGUCAGCUAGAUACCGUUCAAAUAUUGAUGAAGAUUUAGCUCUCAAGGUUGCCAGGAGUGUGAAUUUUCCCCUCUCAAAGUAUAUGUACAGAAGAUAACCUUGAUAUUUACUCCAAGCAGCAGAAACUACUGUUGACCGUUCCCCAAUUACCUUGAUUGUAGAGUAUUGAGGCAAGUGCUAGCUGACCCUUUUUUCCUUUUAGUUUCUUUGUUGUUUCUCCUUCAAAGACUGAUUACCAUAGCCAAUUAUGAAUUUAAUGUUGACAGAGCAAGCUCCUGUUAAAUGCCUUGGAAGUUUCAAUAUGUUGUUUUUAUGGCUUAACCACCCGCAAAUCAAGGUUUCGUAGUGGCUAGAAUGUAACCGUUUAUUCUUCAAAUCUUAAUGUAAUGGCAACCAUUGUUGUUGUGUAAUUCUAUGGUUCGGAGCUAUGAAUUAAUAGAUCACUUGUGCAAUGUCAUGUAUUUAAUGGUAAGGUGGUAACCGAAUCCAUAUUUACUCCACACAAUGGUUCACCGUUCCAAAUUACAAUCGCACCAUUUUAACUUGUGUUGCUAUUUUUCUUUUUGUGGGCUAUUAUGCCUAUAGAUAUGAUCUAUUUGAAAGUAUCCAUGUAGCAUCUCCAGAUGUAUGUAAAUAAGAAAGUUUGUCCUUCCAAAGU